UGAAAAGAAGCAUUUCAUAAACUUAAUCGCCAGACACCUAUUGAUUUGUGGUCGAGAGAGGACUAUUAAAAAGCAGCACCAGUUGCUAACUUCAGACCAGUGUUUCACGGUUGAAAAUAUGACGGCUCGAAUUUCAAUUAGAGUUUUGUUCGUGUUUGUGAUUGCUCUUACUGAAAAUGGAGUAAAAGGAGUAAGCAAAACUGAUGAAGAAGUUGUAAAUGAAGUACUCCAUUUGCCAACCCCGAAUGAAAUCAUUGAAGAAAUAGAAAAUGAUCCAACUUUUUGGGAUGAGAGGAAUGUAAGAUUCCAGCUAGCUGCUACUUUCGGAAAACUUCAGUUCGAAUCUUUAAAGAUGAUCGAUGAAAACUUAAAGGUAACUUCAAUCUUUUUAAAAGUUGAUAUAGCUUUUCAAAGAUCAGGGAAAGUGUCGAAAUAUGCUGGGAACGUGGCGGGAACUAAGAACCAACAAAUACUAAAGAGAAUUCGUCAAAAUCUUCAUGUGAUUGAUCCAGCGAAUGUCUUGCAAAAAUCCGGCGAAACAAGGGAAAUUAAUCCGAGAUUUGAAAUAGCAGCUACGUUUGGUAACCUGACUUUUGAAUCGUUAAAACUAAUGGAUAAAUAUUUACAGAUGAUGGUGAGCGGAGUGAUGAAAGCUAUAAAAGAUAUGAAAGUUUCAAGCUGGGAAGAACUGCUGGACUAUUUUGACGAAGUUCCAUAUUUAAAAAUGUUUAACAGCACACGGGACGGCUUCCAUGAAGGAAUGAUAAAGUUCGAGAGAGAUGAUGUCGCGAAAUUAUUCAAAGACAUCGACUAUACAAUGGUAAACAAUAUCGAAAGCUGGUUCUACAGAUUUAUUCAAGAUUCAACGAUACUUCGUGAGACGAAAAUAGACAUUAGAGAGAUAGCUUUGGUUGCAGCAACACAAGCAUUUAAAUAUGAUAUAGAACAUCUGAUCCUUGAGAGGGACACCCAAACAGCCGUGGUGAUGGAUAUGGCAAUUCUACGAUUUCCAGACGCCUAUCGUCCUUAUUUUCAGGUUUUUGUCAUCAAGGUGCUCGUUCGCCGCACAUAUGUUCGACUUUUAUGGAAACGGACAGGUACUUCAAUUGUUAUGGGUAAAUUCAAUGCAAUAAAAUACCAUCCGAACAAAAGAUAUAUAGAACAUCUGAAGAAAAAGACCCAGGAUGCUCUUAUGGCCGACAUUGAAGAUCUAUUCAGUUAAUCCUUAGAUAAAGGCCACUUCAGUUAAUACCUGAAUAAAUCGUAGUAUUAAUCAUCCAGGUGAAAACAAAUGAGCCUGUCUUCAUUUGGUCUGAGAUA